AAUUGCAGUUAAUUUUCCGCGCCGCUAGGGAGUUUCACGUCGCGCGAGGUUUGUCACUCUGGUCCAAAAUAGAGCGGCGACUGUUGCCCGAUUUCAGUGCGGAUUAUCAGACGAGAGUGGAGUUAUCGUCGAGGACUGCCAGGACGGUUUCAGGCAUUUUCUGUCACCGAGGUGAGGGGCUCGAGUUGACAGAAUGCCACCGAAAAAGGCGCCGGCACCGAGCAAGAAAGCGGAGCAAAAGAAGAAGGAGAAGGUUAUCGAGGACAAAACGUUCGGUAUAAAAAACAAGAAAGGCGCCAAGCAACAGAAGUUUAUCCAGCAAGUGGAGAAGCAGGUGAAGUCGGGCGGCGUGAAUCCCCGGAAACUCGAGGAUCCCAAUGUGAAGAAGUUGGAGAAGGAGAAGAAGCUGAAGGAGCAGAAGGAGCUGGCCCUUAUCUUCAAGCCGGUUCAGAUGCAGAAGAUAGACAAAGGUAUAGACCCCAAGUCCGUCGUGUGCGCGUUUUUCAAGCAGGGACAAUGUACGAAGGGAGACAAGUGUAAAUUCUCCCACGACCUGAGCAUCGAGCGGAAAGCCGAGAAGCGAUCUUUAUAUUGUGAUAUGAGAGACGACGACGACAAGGAGGCGGAUACGAUGGACAACUGGGACGAGGAUAAACUGAAAGAAGUUGUAGAAAAGAAGCACGGCAGUGGCAAUCGUCCAACUACUGACAUUAUAUGCAAACACUUCUUGGAGGCGGUAGAGAAAUCAAAAUACGGUUGGUUCUGGGAAUGUCCAUCCGGCCAAAAGUGCAUCUACAGGCACGCCUUGCCUCCUGGAUUCGUCUUGAAGAAGGACAAGAAGAAGGAGGACAAGAAGGAUGAAAUCUCUCUGGAGGAUCUAAUAGAAACGGAAAGGGCCAAUUUAGGACCGAAUCAGACGAAGAUAACGCUGGAGACGUUUCUGGCUUGGAAGAAGAGGAAGUUGAAAGAGAAAGAGGAGCAGGCGAUCAAGGACGAGGAGAAGAAGAGAAGCGAUUAUAAAGCCGGACGCCAAGUCGGCAUAUCGGGGAGAGAAAUGUUUUAUUUCAAUCCAGAGCUCGCGGCGGGAGAUGGUAUCGACGAAGGAGACGAAGCAAUAUCUAGUUACGUUCGCGAAGAAGAUGAUUCGGAGGAUGAAGAGUACAGGGAACUCGAUACGGAUCGUCUCGCCUUCGAAGCUAGCGAAAUCGAUUCUAACGGUAUCACGGUGGCGGCUGCAGAUCGAUUAAAGUCCAACAGUGCUACCGAUCACAAUAGAGAUUCCACAGUUACUGUAGACGAGGGUGCUGUUGCCGUAGCUAUUAACGAAAAUCUUUUCGUGGAAGAGGACUUGGAGGGUUUGGAAGAAGAAUUGGGGGACCUGGACUUGGAGGAGUAAGCCAGGUGUCCCGCACGUGUCCGUCUCCUCACCGCUGUCCCUCUUCCGUGUGUUUCAUUCUUCGAAUACGUAUCACUCGGACAACCAUUAACUGAUAAUCAAGUGUGACGCAUUGUAUAUUGUAUAUAUUGCAACGUAUUUACAUCAAUACGGUAUUUGUGUACUCGAACAUGUAUACCAAAAAAAAAAGCUGACAUCGCGCAAGCAAGUGAUACACCAGAGCUCAACUUGACACCAUCACCGUCUCCGAUUAAAAUCAAGUUUGUCUUUUUAUAAUGUCAAGUUUAUCCGAUGAUUGUCUACGAAUAUCAGGAUGCUUAGUGUUACACAUAAAAUGAUGUACAUUAUUUUUGUAAUAUCGACACGAUGGCGUUUACGCCUGAUACACAAUGUCAUACGAA